AUGACAACAACAAAAAAGAUUCAUGGUGGUAACUAUGUGAAUCUUGUGAGUUCAUCAUCAUCAGAGUCAAGUGAUGAGGAAGACAAAGAAGUUUCUAACCAAGAAUAUCUUCAUGAUCUGGACGUAGAUACAACGGUAUGUGUAUUGAAUCAAUUCAUUCUCGACGACUCAAUUCUCGCCGAGUAUGGUAGAAAAGAAGGAGGAGAUAGUAGUGACGAUGAAAUACAAGUGUUGAAGGAAUUUGAUGUUGAAGAUAAAAAAUGUGGUGGUUGUGACGGCAAUGAUAAUGACAGAAAAGGUGACAAUAAUUCAAUGGAAUUAUUGAGUUGGGUUAAAAAUGUUGCGGUGAAUUCUUAUGGUGAAUCUAAAGUUGGUUUAACUUGUAAUAAUAAAAACCCUGAGAAGAAGAAGGUUUUGUCGUAUAGAGAGGCUGCCUCCAACAAAAAAAGAUUUAGGUCAAGCAGGGAACAACAAUUUUGGAAGAGUCAGAAAAUGUGUCCAUCAUUGUAUGAAGAAGAGCCUAAGGAUGGAAUGUAUAACCUUAGGAAGAAGCUCAAGAAAAAUAAUAAUGAGAGAUUUUCAUCUAAAAGAUCCACAUUUUCUAUUCGUACUUCUUCAAAUGCAUCAUUGGAUCCUCAAAAUCAAGAAGAAAAAAAAGAAGACAAAGAAAAAAAACAUACAGCCAAAAAGAUGUCUAACAAUUCUAAACAAAAAUCGUUUUUUGAUCGACACGUGAGAGUAAAGCAUGUCCCUAUAGGUCCAAGACACCAAGUUAUGGUGCCGGAAUGGAACGGCGGCGGCGGCAUAGCUUCCUUGGAAAGCGACUCAAAGUGGUUAGGUACAAGAAUAUGGCCAUUAAAAGAUGGAAUGAAUCCAAGAGUUAUGAUUGAAAGGGAUCCAAUUGGAAAAGGAAGACAAGAUUCAUGUGGCUGUUUGGCACGAGGUUUAGUAGAUUGUGUUGGAUUUCAUGUUGCUCAGAAAAGGACUAAACUCAAGCUUGAAUUAGGUAGAGCUUUUUAUGAGUUGGAUUUGGACAAACCAAGAACAGAUAUGAGGAAGUUGUUAAGUGAGGAAGAAGAGGAAGAAUAA